ACGUAAUUGGAUUUUUUUUCUUGCACGUAUAAUUGGAUAGUGUAAAUCUAUCAUUUGGAACAAGUCUAGAAAUAACAAGCUAUAAUGACGGACACUUUGUGUUAACUUGAAACGUUUGCAGAAUGAGAUGCCCGAGUUAACAUCUACGAGUAUAAGUGCAUAACUCUAUUUUUGUUAUUUAUUUAUUAAGUUUAAUCCACCACAUUACGCCUACCAAAUUACCAGUUUUAGGAGAAAAAGAGCAAUGCUUUGAGUCAAAGUGAGGAACAGUUGAGGGGUAAUAUGAAGAGGUCCCGUUGUGCAUCAGUGAAAAUAUUCCGGCUGGGGUAUCCGCUUCUGACUACAACUGCACGAAGUUUAGUUUGUGAAGUGUAAAUGGACUGGAGGUAGUAUGGCUGUUAAAUGAUGGUUAUUGGAAGGAUAUCGUGUUAUUACUGUAAUGCUAAGGUAGAAGGUUUGUCCGAUCUUGAAUGUUACUGAGAAAACGCACUUUAUUUUUUCUUCCUUGUGCAAGUUUAAAAAAAAACGGGUCUCGAGAGUAAAAAUAGUAUAAGAAGCAAAGACGGGGAAAAUAAAAUAGGUUAACAGUCUCGCAUUUUCUACGUUUUUUUUCUGUUGAUAACGAAAAUGCUUUUGAAAAUUAUCAUUUCAGAUUUAUAGUCCACUAUACUAGGGAAUAAAACUUUGCUUUACUUGCAAACCUCAGCUCCUAAAUCAACAUUAUCGUUGUGUCAUUAUCACCUUUCCGAAUUUUAUUUCCUGCUAAAUAGUAAUCAUCUGCUUUCAUAAUCCCAGCGCUCAUCAGCGUUUUUCCUAGAAAGACUGCAGAUAUACUGAGGUGAAUACAGCUUGGCACCAUCCAACAAACGCGAGGUGCUAAACCCUAAACUUGUAACUGAAUCAUACUUUUCGUUGCUUGAGCAUUAAAAUGCUAGCAGUAGCAUUUAAAAUCACAGCAGAAAGUGUGAAAGAGUAGUACUUAUAUUAUACAACAAAAGUCUUUCAUACGCUAGACCUUAUAUAGUCAGUGAAGGGAACACUUCUGUAUAGAUUUAGUUUAAUUUUAAUAGGUUAUAUGCUCGUAAUAAACAUGCCUGUGGCUGUUUUUAUAAAGCAUGCUAACAAGUUAAACAACUCUAGGAGGAACGGAGCUAAAUCUGAGGAGCCAAAUCAUAGCAGAUAAGAGCUAAGCAUUCUUACAAUCGUUAAUUUUACCCAAAUUGUACGAAAGACAACAAGUGUAAGGUUGUUAUAUUUUUGAAAUUCAAAGGAAGAUACAAUGACGGGUAGAGGACUUGGCUUUUCUGAGUGGCAACGGAAAUAUACUUUAGAAUUAUUUUUUCUAUAAGUGAUUAAAAUACUUUAUGCCGAUUCAGUUGUUUGUUGUGUAUAAUGGCAUGGUAUAGGUUAUUUUAAGGCUAGUGUAUCUAGAAACAUGAGUAAAGAUAAUAGCGUAAUGGACCCGUACUCAAAAUCCAACAAUGAUGGUUCUGGUAGUGAACCACAAAAGCGACCUAUCACCUGGGAAAUUUCAGAUUCAGAAACUGAAGCUGAAAAUGAUUCAGAUUUUCAGAAUAGAAACGAAGUUGCAGUCUCGUCCGCUGUUGUUUCCAACUGUAGAAAGAUGGAUAAAGCGUUAGAAUCAAAAUGUGACGAAGCUCUUGGUCAGCCUAUAUCACUUGAUAUUUGUAGUGAACAAGUGGAUGGUGGUUCAAAGUUGACAAACAAAAAGAGGAAUAAGAAAACAUCGCAAGAUAUAGAUGAAGACAAACGUAAGACUGAGAAGAGAAAAUAUGAACGGGAAGCUAAGAAACUAGAGAGAGAAAAAAUGAAAGAGAAGAAAAAGUUGGAGCAACAGAAAAGAAAAAAAGCUGCAGAAGCCUUGAAGCAUCUUCGUCCUGAUCAGUGUAUGAAGUACAUCAACAUUUGCGUAGACCCAGCUGUUUUGGAAGACGCAAGUUCUGAUGUUCUUAUGGAGGUCUUAUUGUCUUUGGAUUGUGAAUGUUCUGUUGAACCACAGCCGGUACAGCGCAGCAUCACAUGGAGACGUGAGUCCCUAUGCCUGAAAGCAGACCCAAAUAGUAAUCCAUGGAAAUCUGUGGAGGAAGACCAAAUUCUGGUGCUUGUGGAGCCAAGAGAUUUUUUGCUAAUGGUGCACUCACUGAAACAGGGCUCAAGUGGGGACUCCAGCACAGACCAUUUUGCUCCUCUUGAUACCUCUUCAGUCUGCGAUCUGAGUCAGCUGUCACAGAAAACGGUCUCUCUUGCUGUUAUUGGCCUAGAUGAAUGUCUGAGCCACAUGUCCUUUCGAAGCAGAGAGAGAUCUUUGGGCCACAGAGAUGACAGUGGUAUUCUUAUGGACUUGGAUUUGGAAGUGACUCCAGUGAAUGUAGAAGAGGCACUUGUGGUCCUACAAUUAAAGAACAACACAGGAGUUUUAUUCCUGGACACGUGGCAGGAGCUCACUAAACAUGUUGUCACCCUCACAAAGGCAAUAGCAAAACGUCCGUUCAAACAGCAGUCAGAAUGCACAGGAUUCUCAUUCUGCACUGAGGGUGCUUGGUCCAGUGGUAUCCGAGUAGAGAAGGAUGGUAAAGGACUCUGGCAGGUAUGGAGAAGACAACUGCAGCAACUUAACCGGGUCAGCCUUCCAAUGGCUACAGCUGUAGCAGGUGCUCAUCCUUCACCACAGCUUUUACUACAGGCUUACAGAUCAUGCAGUACAGAUCAUCAGCGACAAAACCUUCUGGCGUACUUAAAGGUGAAGGAUAAAAUUAAAGAGAAAAAUCGUCGCAUUGGACCUGACUUAUCUCGCAGACUACAUGUAUUCAUGACCUCAACUGUAGCUGACCUUGUUCUGGAUUUAGGGGAUUAACUGGCAAGAUGCAGCUUUUGUAGGACUUGGGAUGGUCUCAGCAGUGGAAAGAGUAAGACAUGAAUCUUUGGCAGAAGCUUCUUAUUUAUAUAGGACCUCUUCCAGUAUCAUGAAUUAAACUACUUUUAUGGUUGCCAUUGUUGACUUUUAUACCUUUCUCUGCAUCAGAAGACCUGGAGUCUGAGGCAGAUUAUUAAGGUAAUGCAAUGAUGUUGUUUGUAUGGCACCACUGCAUCCUUUGUAGAUGUGAUAUGCUUACACUGUUUCAUAUUUGUGUGAGACAGUUUUUGGGCGGAAUAUCACUUGAAAUAGUGAUAUCAGCCCCAUACCUGUACAUACCUGGAUUUAUUUAUAAACAGCUCUGCAAUGAAUAUUUUAAUGUAACUAUCCAUGUGUUUUUUGUUUUCACUUAUUCAUUGACAAAGUGUAUCAUGUUUUGAGAGAGAGAGAUGAACAAUUUGAGGUAGAAUAUGUGUUGUCUGUGAAAUGGACACAUAAAUAGUAUGAGGCUAGUAUCCUGAUAAUGUUUAUAUUUAAAAUCUUAACUAUAAUUUAUUUAAGAAAUGCUUUUCCAAAUCCAAGUCACUGUUUAAAUAAAAAUCAGAAUGCAUCACAAAAUA